GGAAAGCAAGGGAAAGUUCACAAAAUAAAGGAGUGAAGCAAAAGGAAGAGAGGAGGAAAACAAAACAAAGCCCAGAUUCCUCUCCAAACAGGCCCUAUGCUUUUUCUUCUUCUUCUUCUUCUUCUCCAUCUCUCCUCUCCUGUUUCUUUCUUCUCUCCUUGUUGUUGCAGCUGUCCUCUCUCUCUCCUCAAAGAGAAAAUUAAGCCACUGGCCCCUUUAAGAUUGACCUGAGAUUUCCAGUACACAAGUUGUGUGCAUGCAAAGAGAGGCCAAAGCUAAGCUAGCAAAACACACAUUCCUUUCCCACAGCUAGCUUAGCUUGAAGCAAGCAAGAACUCAUCAUCUUUGUUUCUACAUAUCCUUUAAUACUCUCCUCUCUGUCACUAGCAGUGAUGAAUAGAGGAGAAUUCCAGAGCUCCCUGGUGCAGCAGAUGAUCUGGAGCGGCAGUAGUACAGGCACGGCUACCGGCGUCGGCAGCGGCGGCGGCGCCGGCAGUUUGAUGGGCAGCUUGAAGCCAUGCCAUGAGGAUCAAGAGGCCUCUCCUAACAUGCCCUCCUUGUCUUCUCCAUCGUUGAUCUUCUCGCAGCAGUUUCAGCACAGCUCUCCAGGUCUAGUUCCGAUGAACGGCACCGCCGGCGCCGCCGCUUCUCUUCCGAGCUUGCACGACGGCGGCGGCGGCGGCCAUGAGAGCAGCAUGCCGGAGUCAUGGAGCCAACUGCUUCUUGGGGGAUUAGCUGGAGAUCAGGAGAGGUACAGCGCCACUGCGGCUCUCCUGUCAAAGGGAUUAGAGAAUUGGGGAGAUCACGCUGCUGCAGCUGCAGCCAGUGCAUGCAUGGUUGGUGGCAUGAAGGAGGAGGGCUCCAUGGCUCAAGCUGCAGCCACUGCUGCUGCUGCUGCUUACAGCUUCUAUGGGAGCCACCUUGCUGGUGAUCAUCAGCAUGAGAUCCAAGCAGCAGCAGCAGGAGGAGGUGCUAGCAACAAGUCUCAGCUGAGCCAGAUGCUCAUGGCUUCCUCUCCUAGGUCAUGCAUCACCACCAGCCUCGGCAGCAACAUGCUCGACUUCUCCAACACCGCGGCGCCGCCGGAGCUCCGGAGCCACCACCACAACUCCGAUAAUUCAUCAGAGUGUAACAGCACAGCGACUGGUUCGGCCCUCAAGAAGGCUAGGGUUCAGGCCUCCUCUUCAGCACAAUCUACUCUAAAGGUGAGGAAGGAGAGGCUAGGGGAUAGAAUAACUGCACUUCAUCAGAUUGUAUCCCCAUUUGGCAAGACUGACACAGCGUCUGUACUGCAAGAGACCAUUGGCUAUAUCAGAUUCCUCCUGAGUCAAAUUGAGGCUCUGAGCUACCCUUACAUGGGCGACGCCAACGGGACCGGUCCUAUGCAAAAUGGACCAGUUGGAGAAAGGAACCCUGGCCUCUUCCCGGAAUACCCUGGCCAGUUGCUAAACCAUAAUGGCAACACUGGAGCACAGCAGCCUGCAGCCCAACCUGAGCAGCAGGGAGCAAACGACGAUGGAAAGAAGGACCUGAGGAGCCGGGGGCUGUGCCUCGUUCCAGUGUCGUGCACGUCGCACUUUGGAGGGGACAAUGCCGCUGACUACUGGGCCCCGGCGCCGCUCGGCGGGAUCCUACGGUAGAAUGCAUCGUUGAGAUUCGUGCAUACAAAGCGUGGCGGCACAGCGAGUACUAUAUGUUGAUGCAUGAGGAGGCUACAGACGAAAUAGGUCUCUUAAGAAUGGAGAACAGAGUGUGCAUUGGGUGCAGGAGUAACGUCGUCAUAACAUCAUGAGCAGUCAUUCUCUGGUAAGAAAAAAAAUUACCUGUAAGGUUGAUUGCUCUUGAUGCUAUGGGAGUGAGAGGUAGCUAGCUAUAGUAUAAUUAAUUAAGCUUCUGGAUCUGCAAAUUAAGAAGCUUCAGUUCAAGAAGGAGACCUUGCAAAAGUUGAUGCCCCCUUUGAUAUGUAUAUGUAAAAUCUAGCAAGUCAGUGAACACUUUGCUCAUACUACCGUGCUUUGAUUUAUCAUCAGAAGCAGAAAAGCUUGCGCGGUAGUGUCAAUAUUCCGUCAGUUGCUCGGCUGGUGUAUGUAGGAAAUUAAAGUUGAUAUCCCAUAUCACAUAUAUGUAUAUUGACAGUUAAUUUGUAUCAGUUAUUUACUGAGUUAAGUCAGCAAUAUUAUUUGUCUUCGAUGUUGCUGAAUUA